AUGAAAUUACUUAAAAUUUGGAUUUUUGCCUCAAUAAACUUGACCAUAUUUGAGAUAUAUUAUGCUAAUGGAAUCGAAAUUAUAGUUCCCGUGUCCAGUAAGCAUAACCGGGCUACUACAAAUUCUUUUGAAUUGCCAAUCAAAUAUCCAGAAUCCUUUCCAAAUAUCACCAAUAAGAAUCAGGCUCAACGAAAACAACAUCCACCUUACGAAGAAUUGGAAAAUCGUAUGUUAAAGAGAAGUCGAAAGGGGAAGAAGAGUAGAAAUAGAAAGUCUAAGAAGAGCAAGAAACGGAAAAAGACUGUUAUGAACAACAACGUCAACAAAAAUUAUGCAAAAAGUAAUAGGCGCCCUUUUAAAUCAACAUCAGAAUACACUUUAGAUUCUGAAUUGCCAAUAUUGGAGGACGACUACCUAGAUAAUUCUAUUUUGGAGGCUGAUUUGUUGGACGACACACUUGACUCGGCUCCAACUGACUACCUUGCUAGUGCUGAUCCGGUGGAUUCAUCUCUUGACAUAACUGACCCUUACAAUGAUAUAGAACCAUUGGAUGAUUUGUCAACCACUGGUGCAUAUGAUACGGGUGACUUGCAUGGGUCGACUAAAAAGUAUUGGGACGAAGAUCUGGUUGAGCCUGAGUAUGUCAUAAGUGAGUGGUUUGCCAUUUUGGAUGGGAAAAAGUUUGAGAAGAGUUCCGGAUCUAAGUUCCCCUACGUAUCUGAUGGCGAAAACAACUACAGCAACACCUACCUUUCCAAUAAAGAACAAAAUUCAAGACACUUAACAAACAGAUAUUCGUCGGGCUCUAGGUACACUCCUUACGACAGCGACAGUGAAGACUAUGUUAAACGAAUAAUCGUUGACCCUGAGGACUUAUAUGUUAUACAACCGGAUACGGGGGAGGACGUAGUGGAAAAUCGUAUUUUGGCUAAACGGCAGAGAGCGCGCCGUGGAACAGGACGUCGCAAUAUCGACUACAGGCGGCCUAAACGUGGUAAAAGCAGAAACCGGGGAAAGGGCAGGAGUGGCAUCUACGACGUGCAAAAGGCCUUUGAAACUGAAGCUCCAGUGGAUAUCGGAACCUAUCGCAGGUUCGACGAGGAUGAAGUUGAACGGUAUGGUCUCGUGAAAAGUGCGCCUGACAUCGCUCCCAGUGACGACAUGGCUGGAGUGGACGUUGGGGAAACCGAUUUGGGUCCUAUGGGUCUGGGAAUAGCGGAUACAGAGUACCCAGCAACCCAAUCUGGGUACGAUGUGGGUGACAUAGACUUGGGUGAUUCGCCUUAUCUAAGUGAUCCACUUGAUAACUUAGAUGGCCAAGCAUCCGUUCCCACUGAGCGGCUCGAAAGGGCCCCUUACCCUCCCAGCCUUGACAGCUCCUCUGAGUACGUCCCGUUUGACCAAAUUCUUUCCCACGACUAUGACGACUUUGGAGACUCUGGUGGCUCUGGCAACCCCUACAACAGUGGACGUCCUGGGCGCAGACGUGAGGACAAAAAGUGCAAAAAGGAGCUGAAGCGUCUGCGCAGGAAGUACAACAAUAUUAUUGGGAGGCUUAAAGAGCAAGCUUCUGAAUAG